GUUUUCCGCUUCCCAAUGUUCUGCAUUCUUAUCGGUCUUAAAACUCCUAUAGCUUUCUACCCAAAGAGGUCAUACUACGGAGCUCCCGACUACCGAUGCAACCACUGCGGGGCUAGCUUUUGGUGGCGUGAGAGGAAGAAACAGUUAUUGGUGAAGGUUAUUAUUACAAGGCUGGGCUAUGACAAUUGCUGGUGGUUCCUGUCAUGCCGGGAAUGUCAUAAAACAACCUAUGUUUUUGGAAGGCAUUUCCGUUGCUCGGACCCCACUUGCCCUUCCGUUAAUGCAGAUCCCUCAUACUGCGUGUGCACCUUUGGAAGUGAUGGUGGAGCUGAAGCAGAAUUCAUGUGGUUUGAUAAAGCUGCAAGGAGUGUUGUUGGCAAGCCAGUCCUGCCUCUAAUUGAACACAAAUACCCAAAAGUAUGUGCUUGUUGUUUCUAUCUCCACCAAGAGCUUCCAGCCUACAAGCACUCAGCUGUCCUUCCAAGUUAG